AUUGUAAAGACAGAGAUCGCAUUUAGAUUAAAAAACCUCUAGUGGCGUGGAGGGGAGAUGCGCAAAUCACACGUGUUCGAUUUGCGCACACACCGGGCGGCACUUGCCUGAUUACGGCACGUGAGGUGAGUGAGCACGGGUGAGGAAAUAAAGGUCCGCGAUUUCCGGCCGGGCUAUGAAGGGUUUGUGCAUUGGAGGACACGAGAGCACGCAUUGGUUUUCAACCUAAUCCUGAUCCUAAUCCUAAAUCCGAAUAAGACUACGGAAUGUUUGUUGGUCAUGUUCAGAAAGAUUCAUGUUCAAUAAAAUCAAGGAGAAGGAUUUGAGCUGUCCUGCGUCCUCUGUGUAACAGUGCCAUUUCAAGUUGGGCAAGCACAGAUUAAAACAUCACCCAGAUAACUUGACAGUUGAAAACCAGCGGAGCAGCUUGGAGAAGUGGAUAAAAGGCCUUGGAAGUCCAGGAAAAGCUGUUGACGCAGGAGAAGAGAGCUGUGCUGGUCCGUGAGGACAAGAUGGCGGAAGACGUCGUGGAGAAGACUGUGAAGCAGCUCAAGAAGGAGAGAACCGCUGCGAAAAGCACCUUCACCAGACAGGCCAACUUCCUCAGCAAAGGGGCAGACAGCAUGGUGGAAGCAGAGCUGAGGGAGGAGUUCGCCGAGCUCUCAUACUGCCGGAAAAUCGUUCUUGAAGCGAAUGAUGUUUAUAAGACAGGGCUUUUGGCUGAGUCUCAAGAGCCAGAAGAGGAAGACGUGGUUCUUGAAGAGAGGGAGGAGCUAGACGUUGAGAGAGCCGCUAACGAAGCAGAAGCAAGGUUUGGAGAGGUGAGAAGAAUUGUCCAAACAAACCUGUGGUCCAGAUAUGGCCAAUACGCUAUCACAACUGCAAUCACUGAAGGAGAGAAGGCCUGCAGUCGGGCGGAGAAGUUACCUGUGGAGGGUACUCACCUGGAUGCAUAUGAGAUGCACCUGACUCUACUGGAGAAAAGGAUCAAUGAGGCUGCCAGAGUUAUGUCAAACUGGGAGCGGUGGAUCCCCAAGGCUGAAAGAAAGGAGCUAGAUGGCAGGGUCAAGGACCUGAAAGCUUUGAACGGCAACCUUGAACUAAGGAAGGCUGAGUUUGUCACUGCACGGAGGAUGUCGAAGGAUGCGCUGGCUGCAGGAGCCUCAGGACUUGAAGCAGUGAGAGCACAUCCCCCGCCAGCAAAACCAAUUGUCAGGAUAAAACCAACCACACUGCCCAUCUUUUCAGGCUGCAAAAGAGAAUACCACAGAUGGAAGAAAGACUGGGAGAGCCUUCAAAGACAGGGAGAGCCGUCUGGCUCAGCCGAGGUCAAGAAAAUUCAACUCCUGGGCAGCGUGGAUGACAAGAUUGGGAAGGAUAUCCGGCUGUCAACCUACAACACUGCAGAGGAUAUGUUCAGAGUCAUGGACAACCGGUAUGGAAAUAAAUCGACCAUUGCCAUAGAAAUCCUGGAGGAGUUGGAGCAAAUACCCCCUGCAAGGGGAAGCCAGCCAAGGAGAGUCAUCGACCUGAUCCAAGCAGUGGAAAAAUCCCUAGCAGACCUCACAGAGCUGGGAAUCUCUGGCGCAAUCAAGAACCCUCUCGUCAUUAAAUCCAUUGAGAGCAAGUUACCCGACUUUGUAAAGAGAGACUGGCUAGCCUUUAUGGUAAAUUCUAGCAAUAAUGUCACCACAGACAACCACUUUGACAUGCUCCUGAAGUUCCUAAAGAAUCAAGAAGAGAUCCUAGAGAGACUUGACCAGCUAAGGUUUGUGGAGAAGAUGGAGAAACCAGAACCUGGGAAGAAAUAUGAAAGAAAGUAUGCUUCUACAAGAACCACAAAGAAAGGAGGGCUGGAAGAUGUGUGUGUUGUCUGCGGUGAUGGAAGGCACAGUGACAAGAUUUUCUUCUGUAGAAAGUUCAAAGGGCUGAAGCUACAAGAGAAGAAUGCUAUUGUAAAGAAGCUGGGAGCAUGCAGAAAAUGUCUUGGAUGUCAUGAAGAUGAUGGAUACUGCAGAGACACUUUCCUAUGCAGGAACAAAGACUGUAAGCAGGGAGACUCCUCAGAUCACCAUUACUUUAUUUGCCCCAAUGGAGAAAACAAGAGUGGAAACGAGAAGAGAAGUGGGAAAGAUGGCAGAAGAAAGAGCAAACUAACAGCCGAACAGGAAGGAUUCUUGGCUGAGCUGUCCUCAGUGCAAGCAGAAAGGUGCAGAAUGGCAUUCACGAACAAAGCUACAGAGGGUGGCAUGAAGAACCACCAGUCCCAGCUAUUGAAAAAAAGUGGCCUGUGCGAGCUUCCUGUCAUUAUGAUGCUGAUGGAGGUAACUGCUAAUGCUGGGCAGAAGAUUGGAGCUCUUGUUGAUCUUGCCUCAGACACAAACUAUAUCACCCAUAAGGCUGCACACAGGCUGAGGCUGCGGAGUGAAGAAAUAACCCUGGUUGUGCAUGGUGUAGGCGGAAUGACCAUCAAGGUGAACACGGAAAGAUAUCUUCUUCGAGUCAGAGUGAAAACCCCCAAAGGAGCGGAGAAGGCUCAUGAACUGAUCUGUUACGGCCUGGAUGAGAUUGCCAAGGUGCACAAAGUUGUCAAGCCGGAAAAGUUGCAGAAGUUCUUCCCAGAAGUGAAGCUUGAGGAAUUAAGGAGGCCGGAAAAGAUUGAUCUGCUCAUCAGCCAUCGCGAGGGAAGACUUGCUCCACAAAGGGUUAAAGUUGUUGGGGACCUCGUCUUGUGGGAGAGUCCAUUGGGAAUGACAGUGGGCGGAGCACACCCCGACCUGUUCGAGGAGAUAGAGGUGGCAGCACAUGAGUCCAGAACACACUUUGCUCGCUCCAUGAGAACUGCUGCAGUCAAGUAUGAGGAGAUAGUUGAGAGCCCAAGUACUGAAGCAGCCCGUAUGCAGCGAAAGGACAGUGCAAAGGAAACGGUUACAGCUGCUGCAAACCGUGAGUUCCUGGAGUGGUGGAGAUGGGACAGCAUCGGAGCAGCCUGUGAGCCAAAGUGUGGAGGAUGUCGCUGUGGAAACUGCCAACCAGGAGGAAAGGAAAUGACACUGGCUGAAGAAAGGGAGCUUGAAAUAAUAAAAGAAGGACUCACCUAUGUCCAAGGAGACUCUCACACAACAUCGCCGCAUUGGGAUGCAAAGUAUCCAUGGACAGAAGAUCCUGCCUCGCUCCCCAACAACAAAGGUGCAGUUGAAGCUACAUUCUUGAGAACAGAAAGACAACUAAGGAGGGAGCCAGAGUGGAAAUCAGCAUACAGAGCCCAGGUCUACGAGAUGGUUGAGAGGGGCGCAGCCGUAAAACUCACUAAUGAGGUCAUCAGCAAGUGGACAGGACCAGUGUGGUAUGUAAGCCAUUUGGUGGCGCCAAACCCUCACUCAGUGACGACUCCAGUCCGGCUUGUGUGGAACAGCAGCCAGAAGUGCAGGGGAGUGAGCAUGAAUGAUAUUCUGCUAAAGGGGCCAGAUGUUUUAAACCCGAUCAGAGCUGUGCUGCUGAGAUUCAGAAGAGGUGUGUAUGCUGCACUUGGAGACAUCAGGAAGAUGUAUAAUUCAGUGUGGCUAGAAGAGCGAGAGAUGCAUCUCCACCGAUUCCUUUGGAGGGACAAUCCAGAUGAGGAGAUGGGUCAAUAUGCCAUCACAAGGGUGAACAUUGGAGACAGACCAGCCGGUUGCAUUGCACAGGUAGCUAUGCGGGAGACAGCAAGAUUGGCCAUCUUUGCUCACAUGGAAGAGGAGCGCAGAGUCCUGGAAAAGGACAGUUAUGUGGAUGACAUUCUAACUUCCCAUAACAGCCUGGAGGAACUAGACAAGAUGACUGAAGGCGUUGAAGAAAUUCUGAGAGCCGGAGGCUUCUUUCUGAAACCGUGGGUCCGGUCAGGCCAAAGUGGGAGGCCGGAGGCUGCAGCAAAGGUCCUGACAUCAAGAGUGGAAGGGAUGGAGAAGAAAACCUUCAUCCUCCCAAACCAAAUGAGGGAUGAAGAUAACAAAGCCCUGGGCAUUGGAUACAAGGUGGAGGAGGACAAGCUCUACAUGAUGACCUCGAUCAACUUUUCCAAAAGGAAAAAGAAGAUGAGAGUAGGCAAGGAUCUUCUCAGAAUGGAGGUGAAACCUGGAACGCCUAACCCGCUGACAAGAAGGGACCUGUUAAGCCAAGUAGCUGGACUCUACGACCCCAUCGGUUUGGUAUCACCUCUGAAACAGAAGGGCGCUAUCCUUGUUAGGAGAGCAUUCCAGGAGGCAGGAGGAGGGAAGUUGACCCGUGAGACCUGGGAUAAACCACUGUCAGAGAGCCUCAGAGAAGAAGCCAUUCAGCUGUUUGAGGAGUAUGCGCAGCUUGGACAAGUUCAGUUUCAAAGAAGCCUGACACCAGCUCACUGGAAAGGGAAACCAUGGGGAAUCACAUUCUCAGACGGGAGUGACAAAUCAUAUGGAGCUGUGAUGUACCUGAGGUGGAACACUAGUAAAGGAGUCGAUAUCCGGUUUGUAGAGUCGAAAGCCAAGCUGACUCCACUGGAUCAGAAAGGGGAGGCCGUCAAGGCUGAGAUCUGCGGCGCUGUCUUUGCAGCCAGGCUCAGGAAGUACGUUGAGAAGCAUGGAGGCCUGGAGAUAGAGCGAUGGCUCCACCUGGUGGACAGUCAAACAGUCCUAGGAGCCAUUCAAAGAGAGAGUUAUGGGUACCAAACUUUCUUUGCGAACAGAGUGGGUGAAAUCCAGAAGGCUGGCUCAGUUGAAGACUGGUGGUGGAUCCCUGGAGAGCAUAACAUUGCUGACAUCAUUACAAGAGGAGGCACUCAUGAAGAUCUAAAGGAGGAUUCCACAUGGCAGGAUGGGCCAGAGUUCCUAAAGUGGCCAGUGGAGGAGUGGCCUAAAAAGUCAGCAGGAGAGGUUGCAGUGCACGCUAGAGAGAGUGUCAACAGACUCCAGAGAAAGGCAUUCUCAGCAGGAAUGACAAGGGCUCAAGCUAAGAUAAGCCAAGCAAGUGCCCCACAAAAAGACCUGAAGGAUGAAAGUGGAGAGAAAAGUAUGGCCGCUGAUCCAGCUCUUCUGGCAGGAAGGGCACCCAGGAGAUGGGAAAUAAAGAACCUACUGGAAGUGAGGAAUUACAGCUCCUUGUCCAAGCUGGUCAGGAUCAUCGCCUGGAUAUGGCGAGCUGCCAAGAAGUGGAUAGAGAUGAAAAGCCAGUCAAGAACUCAAGAAGCUAAGCAUAAAGUGUCAUCACUAAAGGAAAAGGCCAAGCAAACUGUGCUUACAGUGAGAGAGCGUGAAGAUGGCCUCAGGGAUCUCUUUAGUGAAGCUCAGGAAGGUGUAGCUUUUCCUGACACUACCCUAAGCAGACUGGCAGUAUACAGAGAUGCGGACUCUGAGCUCUUGGUUUGUGGAGGCAGGAUUCAGAUGUUUGAUGAAGACAAAACUGCAGUGCCCGUCUUACCAUACGAGGCAUGGGUGUCUACAUUGCUGGCACAGGAAGCCCACAAGGCAAACCAUGAGGGAAUAGCAGGAACCUUGCUCAGGAUGAGGAAAAAAGCCUGGGUAAUCAAAGGUCGAAGAAUUGCAAAACAAGUAGUAGACAGUUGUGUGGUAUGCAGGAAAAACAGGGCAAAACAGUGCCAGCAGAUCAUGAGUGACUUGCCACCAGAGCGAACAGGCCCAGCAUUGCCAUUUGAGUUUACAACCAUGGACCUGUUCGGACCUUAUGAGGUAAAAGAUGAAGUAAGGAAAAGGGUCAAACUCAAAGUCUGGGGGGUUGUAUUCUGCUGCAUGGCUUCAAGAGCCAUACACACUGAUGGUGUGAGUGACCAGUCUUCUGAGGGAUUUCUGCUGGCCUACCAAAGAUUCUCUGCACUGAGGGGACACCCUAGGAAAUUGUGGACAGAUCCUGGCACAAACUUUGUAGGGGCCAGACCUGCUCUGGAGGAGCUUCACAGAUUUCUGAGCAGACUGAACAGGUCUCAAAUUGAAGAGGAAGCUGUCAAUCAUGGAACAGAGUGGUCAUGGAGGAUUCACCCUGCAGACUCUCCCCACAGAAAUGGAGCAGCAGAGGCAGCUGUCAAGAUAGUGAAGCGAGCCCUGAACAACCUUGGUGGUGAUGGAGUUCUCACAUGGGGGGAAUUCCAAACAUUCCUCUUCAUGGCAGCCAACCUGGCAAAUGAAAGACCGAUAGAUGCCAGGAUUCAAAGCCGAGAGGACUGUGUGGAAUACAUCAGUCCCAAUUCCCUCAUACUGGGACGAGCCAGCCCGAGAGGAGACCCGGGAGAUUUCAAGUUUGAAGGUUACCCAUAUAAGAGACUCCAAACCAUACAAGCAGAGGUCAGCAAAUUCUGGAAGAAGUGGUGCCAGCUAGCUGGUCCUAACCUGUUCAUAAGGAGCAAGUGGCACACAAGAGAGAGGAACGUUGCAGUGGGAGAUGUGGUCUGGCUGGCUGACCAAAAUGCCUUGAGGAGUCAAUAUAAAUUGGCCAGGGUAGUCAGUGUUAAUGCUGACCGAAGAGGAAUCGUCAGAGAUGUAAAUGUGAGGACCUUUCCAAGCUACCCUGUUCCAGUCAUGAAGCCAAGCACAGGGGACACAAGCAGACAAGGAGCCAGGAAACUCUUGAAGAGAAUCCCUGUGUCCAUUCUCUGCAGGGAUGUGAGACGACUGGUCAUCCUUCUUCCUGUUGAAGAGCAACGAUAGAAUGAAUAGAUAGAGUGUGACCUCCUUGGGUUGAGCAACCAGGAGGUCAAGUGGGAGGUGUAAAGACAGAGAUCGCAUUUAGAUUAAAAAACCUCUAGUGGCGUGGAGGGGAGAUGCGCAAAUCACACGUGUUCGAUUUGCGCACACACCGGGCGGCACUUGCCUGAUUACGGCACGUGAGGUGAGUGAGCACGGGUGAGGAAAUAAAGGUCCGCGAUUUCCGGCCGGGCUAUGAAGGGUUUGUGCAUUGGAGGACACGAGAGCACGCAUUGGUUUUCAACCUAAUCCUGAUCCUAAUCCUAAAUCCGAAUAAGACUACGGAAUGUUUGUUGGUCAUGUUCAGAAAGAUUCAUGUUCAAUAAAAUCAAGGAGAAGGAUUUGAGCUGUCCUGCGUCCUCUGUGUAACAGUGCCAUUUCAAGUUGGGCAAGCACAGAUUAAAACAUCACCCAGAUAACUUGACAAUGAU